AUGACCAAGUGGGAUCCAAUUCAGAGAUGUGUAUCAGUUCCUAUACCAGUGAUUGGACUGAGAGAUGAAGACAAAGUGUUCAUCCACAACACCACCUGCGUGCUGAAUGACCCAAAUUUUGUUCUUAUUGGGUCUUUCGUAGCUUUCUUCAUACCACUGAUGAUCAUGGUGAUUACCUACUGCCUGACGAUUUACGUUCUUCGCAGACAAGCUCUAAUGCUACUCCGUGGCCACACGGAGGAACUGCCAGGAGUGAGCCUGGAUUUCCUGAAGUGCUGCAAGAUGAAUAUUAUUGAUGAAGAUAAUGCUGCAAACCCUAACCAAGAUUUGAACCUGCGUCAAAGAAAGAAGAAAGAAAAACGUCCUAAGGGGACUAUGCAAGCUAUCAACAAUGAGCGGAAAGCAUCUAAAGUCCUUGGCAUUGUUUUCUUUGUGUUUCUGAUCAUGUGGUGCCCAUUUUUUAUUACUAAUAUUCUGUCAGUUCUUUGUGAGAAGGACUGUAAUCAAGAGCUCAUGGAAAAGCUUUUGAAUGUGUUUGUUUGGAUUGGCUAUAUUUGUUCAGGAAUUAAUCCUCUGGUAUACACCCUGUUCAACAAAGUUUACCGAAGGGCUUUCUCUAACUAUCUGCACUGCAAUUAUAAGGCAGAAAAAAAGCCUCCUCUAAGGCAAAUCCCGAGAGUCUCUGCCACUGCUUUGUCUGGGAGGGAGCUCAAUGUUAAUAUUUACUGGCAUACCAAUGAACCAGUGGUAAAGAAAGCUAAUGGCAAUGAGCCAGGGGUAGAGAUUCAAGUUGAGAAUUUGGAGCUACCAGUUAAUUUCUCCAAUGUGGUUAGUGAAAGGAUUAGUAGUGUGUAAGAAAGUGAAGCGCAGUCUUUUCCUACAGUAAUUCUAGAAAUGUAUGAAAAUGUUCCAUAAUUCUUCUGUCAGUCCUAACUAAUGUAAAUAUUGCUGUCUGAAAAUAAUGUUUUUAUAUAUAGCUUUGCAAUCCUGUACUUUAUAAUCAUGUAUAUG